GAAAGAAAGAAAGAAAGAAGAAAAUGGAAGCCAAGUGUUUUGUGCUAUGUGUUACAUUGUUAAAUUUAUUAUUAUUUCUUCAGCUCUCACAUUGCAGUGUGACCUAUGACAGAAAAGCUCUUGUAAUCAAUGGCCAAAGAAAGAUUCUUUUUUCUGGCUCCAUUCAUUAUCCAAGAAGCUCACCUGAUAUGUGGGAGGGGCUUAUACAAAAAGCUAAAGAUGGAGGGUUAGAUGCUAUUGAUACUUAUGUAUUUUGGGACCUUCAUGAACCUUCACCUGGAAAUUAUAAUUUUGAGGGAAGAUGUGAUUUAAUAAGGUUCAUAAAGUUGGUACAUGAAGCAGGGCUGUAUUUGCAUCUUCGUAUUGGGCCUUAUAUUUGUGCUGAAUGGAAUUUUGGAGGGUUCCCUGUUUGGUUGAAGUAUGUUCCAGGCAUUAGCUUCAGAACUGACAAUGAACCCUUCAAGAUGGCAAUGCAAAGAUUUACCGAGAAAAUAGUCGGAAUGAUGAAGAAUGAGAGAUUGUUCCAAUCUCAAGGUGGUCCAAUUAUUCUCUCACAGAUCGAAAACGAGUACGGUUUGGAAAGCAAGAGCUUCGGUUCAGCCGGUCAUUCGUAUAUGUCUUGGGCUGCAAAAAUGGCUGUGGAAUUAGAUACCGGUGUGCCUUGGGUUAUGUGUAAGGAAGACGAUGCCCCCGAUCCAGUGAUUAAUACAUGCAACGGCUUUUAUUGUGAUUAUUUUUCUCCGAACAAACCUUACAAGCCGGCUAUAUGGACCGAGGCGUGGACUGGCUGGUUUGAAGAGUUUGGUGGGCCAAUACAUCAUCGUCCGGUUGAAGAUUUGGCGUUUGCAGUUGCUAGGUUCAUUCAGAAAGGUGGCUCCUUCGUAAACUACUACAUGUACCAUGGAGGAACAAAUUUUGGAAGAACAGCUGGAGGUCCUUUUAUUACCACCAGCUACGACUACGAUGCUCCUAUCGAUGAAUACGGCUUAUUAAGACAGCCAAAAUACAAUCAUCUAAAGGAACUUCAUAAUGCAAUAAAAUUAUGCGAGCCUGCUUUGAUCGCCGCUGAUCCUAAAGUUACUGCUUUAGGAAACUACGAACAGGCACAUGUGUAUUCUUCAAAACCGGGACAAUGUGCAGCGUUUUUAUCGAAUUACCAUUGGGAUAAAAGUGCAAGGGUGACAUUUAAUAAUAUGCACUACGAUCUGCCUCCUUGGUCAAUUAGCAUACUCCCCGAUUGCAAAUAUGCCGUUUAUAAUACUGCAACGGUUAGAUCGAAGACAACAUUGCCACAAAUGUUGCCUACAAAUGCAAGAAUGCUAUCGUGGGAAACAUUCAAUGAAGACAUUUCGUCGAACGAUGUCGACGCAAAAAUCACGGUUGUUGGUCUUUUGGAGCAAUUAAACGUCACUAGAGAUGCUACCGAUUACCUUUGGUACAUGACCAGUGUCGAGAUUAGUUCAACGGAAUCUUUUCUACGUGGAGGAUCGAGUCCAAUUCUCAGUGUGGAUUCAGCAGGACAUGUAUUGCAUGUAUUUGUAAAUGGACAACUAUCAGGAUCAUCAUUUGGGAGUCAAGAAAACAGAAAACUCACCUUCGCCAAAGCUGUCAACUUACAUGCUGGAAUAAACGGCAUCGCUCUACUCAGUGUAGCUGUUGGAUUGCCGAACAACGGCCACCGUUUCGAAACAUGGAGCACCGGAGUAGUGGGGCCCGUUGUUGUACAUGGCCUAGACCACGGACCAAGAGACUUGUCCAGCCAAAAAUGGUCAUACAAGGUCGGGUUGAAAGGGGAAGCGAUGAACUUAGCUUCACCGAGUAAAAUUUCCUCUAUUGAUUGGUUAAAAGAGUCAUUUGUAGCAAACGAGCACCGGCCACUUACGUGGUACAAGGCUUACUUCAAUGCACCACGAGGAAACGAGCCUUUAGCCUUGGACUUAGGUAGCAUGGGCAAAGGCCAAGUGUGGAUCAACGGCCAAAGUAUCGGAAGAUAUUGGAAUGCUUAUGCUAAAGGUCAAUGCAACACGUGUAGCUAUGCCGGCACAUUUCGUCAGGCAAAAUGCCAAUACGGCUGUGGAAAACCGACUCAAAGAUGGUAUCACGUUCCUCGGUCAUGGUUGAAGCCUGUGCGGAAUUUGGUAAUAGUGUUCGAGGAAAUCGGCGGUGAUGCUUCGAAAAUUGCUCUUGUUCAAAGAUCAGUCACAUAUGUAUAGAGAUGAAGAGAGGGGCAUACUGGUAAAUUAGGUUUCAUUGUAAGUUUUUUAUAGUGUGGAAAAAAGAGGAGGUAUAUCAUUUGUACUCCAUUCUUUGUAAAUUAUGUGGAACAUUGAAUUAAAAUACACUUUGUUUCAUAAGGAAAAAAAGUAUAUAUAAAAGGUUCAUUAAUGGAGGUUUAGAUUUACA